AUGUCUUUUCUAACCCGCCUAGCCAGCCUAUUGGGUCUAUCAUCCCCGGCCCUCGUUGCACCACCCCCAGGGGCCGCCCUCGCAGCCACCGUAACAACGCCUGCCUCAUUGGGAUUUGUUCCGGUCGCGAUUCACUUUAGUCUCUUCGAUAUCCUCGUGAGUCACGGCGGCCCUCUGACGGCUGAUGAAGUCUCCGCGACCUGCAAUGCGCGUAUCAAAGCCCGAGGAAAGGACGAGCCCGAGUUGACAGACACAUUGUACAUCAUGGCCGGACUCGGUCUAGUCGACCGCGUGGCCGAGGACUGCUUCACAGCCAAUGCUAUCACGAACCACAUGGUCGCCAUGCCGUCCGCCCAACAUGGUGCCCUGCACUUCACGACAGAAGGCCUGAUGGCCGGCGCAUUCUUGAUGAAAAAGCUCCAGGACACCCGAUUUGCUUACCCCUUUGCCGACGCAGAGGGCCCCUUGCAACAUGCCUAUCGGCUAAUGGGUCAGUCUGAGCUGGCAGAGAAGCAUACCUACUCAAUUAUGGAGACCCAGGGUCGUAUGGAUAGUUUCAAUCAUUUCAUGGUCGGCAAGUUUCUGAAGUUCGGGACCUUCCCCGAGCGGGUCAAGUCAAUGGGUUAUGAUUUAGAUUCCGCGUUAGCGCGCGCUGCUACCGAUUCUCGCACUAGCUCUGCUGUGAUGGUCGACAUUGGAGGCGGUCGUGGCGAGCUCCUCCUCGAGGUCCAGGCUGCGUACCCGCAUCUCAGCGUGGAGGACCUAGUGGUGCAGGAGUUCAAUGCCGACAUUGACAUCGUACCUGGUGUGCGCCUUAUGCAGUGGAAUUACAAGGAGGAGGCUGAACAGCCCAUUCAGGGUGCCUGUGUUUAUGCGCUCCAGCAUAUCUUGCAUAACUUGCCUGAUUUGGAUGCUGUGGCGUUGUUGCAGAAGAUUUCGCGAGCUAUGGCGCCUGGCUCCCGAGUUUUGAUCAUUGAAUACGCGAAAAAUCUGACCUAUACCUCGCUCCAUGCUAGUAUGAUUGCGUUGUAUGGGGGCCGGGAGAGGAGCUCAGUGGAGUGGAAACAGAUGGCGGGUUUAUCGGGGCUGGAAAUAACUUUCGAGGUUUAUGUUCGGGCUGGAGAAUCAUUGGUUGAGAUGAGAAGGGCGAUCACAUCCCAUCUCCCGAGAUCUACAACGUCGCGUACCCGAAUUUUAUACAACACAGAUUUGUCCUUCAUCUGA